AUGGCCUUUGAACGGAUGAGAAUUAACAACAUUGCCUCCCUGACCAAUGACAAUGACACCAUCGUGGAGGAUCAUGCUGGAAAAGAGGCACUCAUCUUUAAUACAUUCAAGCAAAGAUUGGGUUCGACAUCACAUCAUGAUAUGAAAUUCAAUCUGGAUAGAAUUAUUAAAAAAUUUGAUGGGUUAGAUGGGCUUACUGUUCCAUUCACCACGGAAGAGAUCGAUAAUUUUAUUAAGCUCAUGCCAGCCGAUCGUGCACCUGGCCCGGAUGGCUUUAACGGUGCGUUUUUGAAAUCGUGUUGGCACAUUAUCAAACACGACUUCUAUAAGCUCUGCUUCCAAUUUUUUGAUGGUAAUCUCAAUCUUGAAAGCAUUAAUGAUGGUUUCAUCACGUUAAUACCCAAAAAUAAUGCCCCAUCAUCAGUCAACGAUUAUAGACCGAUCACUUUGCUAAACUGCUGUCUCAAAGUCAUAACCAAGCUACUUGCCAACCGCCUGCAAAGAGUGAUCCUACGUAUAAUUCAUCGAAACCAAUAUGGAUUCCUCAAAGGCCGCACUAUCCAAGAUUGCCUUGCUUGGGCAUUUGAAUACAUUUACCAAUGCCAGGCCUCUAAGAAAGAAAUUGUGUUACUCAAGCUUGAUUUUGCCAAGGCGUUCGACACUAUUGAUCAUGCAGCCAUGCUAACAAUAAUGAAGAAUAUGGGCUUUAAUGACAAAUGGCUUGGUUGGGUGCAAUGCAUCUUUGGGUCUGACAUUCUCUCGGACUAUGCAACCUCUAUUGGUCUCAAAAUAAACUUCCACAAGUCAACUUUGAUCCCCAUAAAUUGUCAUGAAGACACGUACAACUGCAUUGCAACCAUCUUCGGGUGUGUGGUGGGUAAAAUGCCUUUCACAUACCUCGGUUUGCCUAUGGGGACGACCAGGCCAUCUGUGCUAGAUCUUUUCCCUCUUGUCUGUCGGGUGGAACGAAGGCUUUCUGCUACACUCAACAUGAUCUCCUAUGGGGGGAAAUUAUCACUACUCAACUCGGUCAUAACCUCCCUAAUCAUCUUCGCUCUUUGUACUCUCAAGUUGCCAGUGAGCAUUAUUGAACUUCUGGACAAAAUCAGACGCAAAUGCUUAUGGACCAAAAAAACAGAGAAUGGGGAUUCUUGCAACUCUCUUGCGGCUUGGGACAUGGUCUGCCAACCCAAGGUUUCGGGAGGCCUCGGUGUCAUUAAUCUCAAGGUACAAAGUGAUGCACUUCUGCUAAAAUACCUCCACAAAUUCUAUAACCGAUGGGACCUGCCUUGGGUGGAACUCAUAUGGAACACGUAUUAUAGCAGCAAGAUCCCCCAUGCAGCUGAUCCCUGCGGGUCUUUUUGGUGGCGGGAUGUGAUGAGACUAAUGCCAAUCUACCGAGGGAUUACCAAAGCCCAAGUUCACACGGGGAAUGACAUACUCUUCUGGAAGGAUCAUUGGACGGAUGGUAUUCUGGCAGAAACACACCCGCGGGCUUUCUCAUUCGCCACCCAGGAGGAUAUUUCUGUUAGAGAUUUCUUGGGGGCCACGACUUUGCGCGAAACGUUUCAUCUGCCGCUUUCGGUACAGGCGCAUGCAGAGACUAGAGAUCUUCAACGUCUCGUACGUGACAUUCAGUUGCAAGAUAGCCUCUCGGGGAAUGAUAGCUGGAACUGUACUUGGACGACUCAGACGUACUCGGCCAGCAAAUACUAUAACUUUUACUUCAGGGAGGUUCGGGCCCAUCAAACUUGUACCUGGCUUUGGAAGUCUAAGGUUACAAUGAAAAUAAAGGUUUUUGGGUGGCUUCUUCUGUCUGAUAGACUCAACACCAGAAACAUGCUGAAGCGAAGACACUACAACAUUGGCAAUGACUAUACUUGCCCCCUCUGCGAGUCCAACGUGGAAGAAACACUUGAACAUCUUUUCUUUGGUUGUGCCUUCAGCAAGGAUUGCUGGUCUGAUAUUGCCAUCUGCUGGAGUUCUCAAGGUUCACGAUUGGAUUGGAUAAGCACAUCUAAAACUGUAUGGAACAAGCCAAUGUUCAUGGCAAUAUUUCUACAAGAUGCAUGGAGCAUCUGGAAGGAACGAAAUAAUAAAGUCUUCAGAAGAGUAACACCCACGAAAACAUCCUGGAUUUCAAGGCUAAAAGAGGAUCUAUCUCUUCUAACUCAUAGGGUUGGAGAAAAACACACCUCCUUUCUCACCUCCUUUGUAGCUACUCUUUGA